AUGGCUACAGAUGCCCAAAAGAUUUUGGUGGUGGUGGGUGGUACUGGUCGCACAGGAAAAUCGGUUGCACAAUCUCUACAUGGCAAUCCCAACUUCCACGUGAAGGUCACUACUCGUGACACGAGUAGUGACAGAGCCCAGUUCAUUCGAUCGCUUGGCAUCGAGGUUGUGCAAGCAGACUCCUGGAACCCAGAUGAAAUGGACAAGGCGUUCGCGGGAGCCUGGGGUGUGUACAUGAACACCAAUUCCGAAGCACCCGAUUUCACCGGAAGCUCGACACUUCGCGAGUCGGAUAUGGGAAAGAUUGUUAUCGACGCUGCUCGCAGGCAGAAUGUCGAGGUCUUUGUGUUCGCGGGCUUGCCUGAAGCGGCCAGGAUCACCGACGGGAAGUGCCAAAUCAGCACGUUUAACCAAAAAAACGAAAUCUCGCGAUACGGCCAAGCUGCUGGCUUUAAGACAUUCACCAAUGUCAACGUGGGAUGGCAAAUGGAAAAUUUUUGGAACCCUGUUUACGAGGUGCCAUUUGGAGGCUUCGCCCGGCGUAAAGAUGAUGACGGCUACUUGACCAUCAAAAUUUUCCCCAUGGGCAACACUCCAGAGUCAACACCUUGGACCUCCAUUCGUGACGACUACGGAGAUAUCGUCCACGGGGUGUUCCAUUCCCCCGCUAAAUGGAACAAUCAGACUGUCUGGGCUGUUUCUCAUCCCACCAGCUUUCAGUCAGUGGCUGACGCCUACAAUCGCGUUACUGGAACCCAAGCAGCACGCUACCUCGUUCCCGAGGCACCAGCUGUGGCUUCGUCCCCGGAGAAGGCUAACGAGGUUAACGGGAUCGGAAAUUACGUAAAGUGUGUCAAAGGCAAUUAUUGUAAUGGAUCCCCCGUCGAUCAGGCACCCGCAAUAGAGCUGAAGAAGGCGGGGGCGCUGGCUAGGGGUAACCCCAUGGCUGAGACUGAAUUGCAGACCAUUGAAGGCUUCAUCAGAGUACAUGCCUUCAAGGGUGAAGACAUGUAA